AUGAUGCACCAUCAGCCCCAGAUUCUCUCUCCCCUCCCAGAGAUGAACUCGCAAUCCCCUGACCCUUCCAGCCUUCGUGCUCGCAAGAUGUCAGCCGGCGGUAACAGGUCUUGGUCUGAAGAAGAGGAAACCUACCUUCUCCAGACUCGCAUGCAAAAGAUGCCCUACAAGCACAUUGCAGCACAUCUCAAGAAGACCGAGCUUGCAUGCCGCCUGCACUACCACCAGCUCUCGCACGGUAGCCAUCGCCGCAAGCGUACCAACUCCGUCUCCUCCAACGCUUCAUGCAGCUCGUCUGGUACUGUUCCUAUGUACUCUAUGGCUGCGGAACAGGACGCCUACUCUCAAUCUUCUCGCCACAGCUCGCCUAUGAGCUACUCUGGCAGUCCUCAUGUUCGCGCCAACUCCAUCACCACCUCCCCAGGCCGAUCUCAGCACAAGAUCCUUCUUCCCAAGCCUCGCACCCUCACUCCCCGUGGUUCUCCAGAGCCAUUCAACGGUCUCCGCAUCAACACCGAGGUAGCCCAUCAGCCUAAGAUCGUCGACACUGACCGCCUCCGCUCCAUCUACGAAGCCCGCCGUCAGCAGUUCUGGGCUACGGUCGCCGCCGACUACGGUGCGGAUGUUUCCCCCGCUCAGCUCGAGGAGAUCUGGCGCAACGGCUCCAACGCCGUUCGCCCUCCUACUCCCGAUGCCUCGCCCGAUGGUAGCAUCAUGCACAACCCCAUGUUCAAGCCCAACCCCUUCCCGACUUACAUCUCGCCGGCACAGAGCGAGCCAGCGAAGCACUACAGCCCCAUGAACCCAAUGGAUAUUAGCGCUGUUUCGGCUCCAGAGCGUAUGCCGUAUGUGCUGCCAAUGCCUGUCCCUUCCUCAGGCCGCGCGAGGGCUGGUACUUGGAGCUCGGCGCCGAGGGACAACAUGCCAAUUGCUAGCCUCCUCAAUGAUGAUAGGAAAUAG